UUCUGUGACUUUUUUCUUCGGGCUCCAUCCUAAAGUCUGGCAUUUCAACCGGCUGGGAGUGGAAAGCGAAGAGUGUGACGGCUUCGAAACGCCCGCCCUCCCAGUGGAAGGGUCUGAGGUUUGUUUGUUUAAGCUGAACAGAGGAUGCCAAAGAUAGAGUUUGAGUCAGCCUGACACGGGCUUAGGCACUCCUUUUCACUCUCCUGGUUCCUCCUUCCCCUUCCCCUCCCCCUCCGGCCAGUUGUUUCCUGGGCUUUGUCUGAGAUACACUUUGCAGUUUUCGUGGCGUGUCCUACUGCCUGCUGAAAAACAGUCAGAGGCGAGAUGGAGGAGAAGCCGCCAGGAAGUUUCUGACAACUCUGCAGGCCUCUCCUCCGUGCUGAUAGCACAGGACAGCAGUCACCUCAGGAGAAAGGCAUUUGGAGGCCUGUGCCGGGCUGAGGGCUUGUGGCUCACACAGGGGAAGAGAAAGGGCGACUGGAAAUGCCUCUCCUAGAUUCAUCUUAUUUGCCACCAGCCCUCUUUAUUUUGACUCACGUUCUUGGAAUUGCUGGAGUUCUGUACUGGAAAAGAUGUAGCAGAGGCAGAGCAGAUGAACGGGACCGCGUGCAGAAGAAGACGUUCACCAAGUGGGUCAACAAGCACCUGAUGAAGGUCCGCAAGCACAUCAACGACCUGUAUGAAGAUCUGCGGGAUGGCCAUAACCUGAUUUCUCUGCUGGAGGUCCUCUCGGGCAUCAAGCUGGAGCCAGCAGGGCUGAAGACCCUCCGUCUGGUGAGCAUGCCCUCUUGGCGCCACACAAACAGUGAGGACCAGGAAGAGGAAGAUGAUGAUGAUGUACCCCGGGAGAAGGGCAGGAUGCGUUUUCAUAGGCUGCAGAAUGUGCAGAUCGCCCUGGACUUUCUAAAGCAGAGACAGGUGAAACUAGUGAAUAUUCGCAAUGAUGACAUCACAGAUGGCAACCCCAAGCUGACCCUGGGCCUGAUCUGGACCAUUAUUUUGCACUUCCAGAUUUCUGACAUCUACAUUAGUGGAGAGUCAGGAGACAUGUCAGCCAAGGAGAAGCUGCUCCUGUGGACCCAGAAGGUGACAGCUGGUUACACAGGAAUUAAAUGCACCAACUUCUCCUCCUGCUGGAGCGAUGGGAAGAUGUUCAAUGCACUUAUUCACAGAUACCGACCUGAUCUGGUAGAUAUGGAAAGGGUACAGAUCCAAAGUAACCGAGAAAAUCUGGAACAGGCUUUCGAAGUGGCUGAAAGACUGGGGGUCACCCGGUUACUGGAUGCUGAAGAUGUGGAUGUGCCAUCUCCAGAUGAAAAGUCUGUAAUCACUUAUGUGUCUUCAAUUUAUGAUGCCUUCCCUAAAGUCCCUGAGGGUGGAGAAGGGAUCAGUGCUACGGAAGUAGACUCCAGGUGGCAAGAAUACCAAAGCCGAGUGGAUUCCCUCAUUCCCUGGAUCAAACAACAUACAAUACUGAUGUCAGAUAAAUCUUUUCCCCAGAACCCUGUUGAACUAAAGGCACUUUAUAACCAAUAUAUACACUUCAAAGAAACAGAAAUUCUGGCCAAGGAGAGAGAAAAAGGAAGAAUUGAGGAAUUAUAUAAAUUGUUAGAGGUGUGGAUUGAAUUUGGCCGCAUUAAACUGCCUCAGGGUUAUCAUCCUAAUGAUGUAGAAGAAGAGUGGGGAAAGCUCAUCAUUGAGAUGCUGGAGAGGGAAAAAUCCCUCCGCCCUGCCGUGGAGAGGCUGGAACUGCUGCUACAGAUUGCAAACAAAAUCCAGAACGGUGCUUUGAACUGUGAAGAAAAACUGACACUAGCUAAGAAUACACUGCAGGCUGACGCCGCUCACCUGGAAUCAGGGCAACCGGUGCAGUGCGAGUCAGACGUCGUCAUGUACAUUCAGGAAUGUGAAGGUCUCAUCAGGCAGCUGCAGGUGGACCUCCAGAUUCUGCGGGAUGAGAAUUAUUACCAGCUAGAAGAGCUGGCUUUUAGAGUUAUGCGCCUGCAGGAUGAACUGGUCACCCUGCGGCUGGAGUGCACGAACCUGUAUCGGAAGGGCCAUUUCACUUCACUUGAAUUGGCGCCACCCUCUACUUUAACCACUACUCACCUGAAGGCGGAACCCUUGACGAAGGGAACCCAUUCUUCCUCUACCUCCUGGUUCCGAAAGCCCAUGACUCGGGCUGAACUUGUGUCUAUCUCCUCCUCUGAAGAUGAAGGCAACCUCCGAUUUGUGUAUGAGCUGCUGUCUUGGGUAGAAGAGAUGCAGUUGAAACUGGAGCGAGCAGAGUGGGGCAGUGACCUGCCUAGUGUGGAGCUGCAGCUGGAAACACAGAAGCACAUCCAUGCCAGUGUGGAAGAGCUGGGCUCCAGUGUCAAGGAAGCCAGGCUCUACGAGGGAAAAAUGUCUCAAAAUUUCCAUACUAGUUAUGUUGAAACUCUUGGAAAGCUGGAGACACAAUAUUGUAAACUGAAGGAAACUUCUAGCUUCCGGAUGAGGCACCUUCAGAGCCUGCAUAAAUUUGUCUCCAGAGCUACAACUGAGUUGAUCUGGUUGAAUGAGAAAGAGGAGGAAGAACUGGCCUAUGACUGGAGUGACAACAAUCCUAAUAUCUCAGCCAAAAGAAAUUACUUCUCUGAGUUGACAAUGGAACUGGAGGAGAAACAGGAUGUGUUUCGAUCUCUACAAGAUACAGCAGAACUGCUGUCCCUUGAGAAUCACCCUGCCAAGCAGACAGUGGAGGCUUACAGUGCAGCUGUCCAGUCCCAACUGCAGUGGAUGAAGCAGCUGUGCUUGUGUGUUGAGCAGCAUGUGAAAGAGAAUACUGCUUACUUUCAGUUCUUCAGUGAUGCUCGUGACCUGGAGUCAUUCUUGAGGAACCUCCAAGACUCCAUCAAACGAAAAUAUUCCUGUGACCACAGCACCAGCUUGUCCCGCCUUGAGGACCUGCUCCAGGACUCCAUGGAUGAAAAGGAGCAGCUUAUACAGUCCAAGAGUUCAGUUGCCAGUCUUGUUGGGAGAUCAAAAACCAUUGUUCAGCUAAAGCCACGAAAUCCUGACCAUGUGCUGAAGAGCACCAUCUCUGUGAAGGCCAUCUGUGACUAUCGGCAAAUUGAGAUCACUAUUUGCAAGAAUGAUGAGUGUGUGCUGGAAGACAAUUCACAGAGGACCAAAUGGAAAGUGAUCAGCCCCACAGGAAAUGAGGCAAUGGUGCCAUCGGUCUGUUUCCUCAUCCCCUCACCUAAUAAGGAAGCCAUUGAGAUGGCCAGCAGGGUGGAACAGUCUUACCAGAAAGUGAUGGCCCUUUGGCAUCAGCUACACAUUAACACCAAAAGCCUUAUCUCCUGGAACUAUUUGAGGAAGGACCUUGACCUUGUAAAGACCUGGAACCUGGACAAGCUUCGCUCUUCAGCACCAGAAGAGUGCCACCAAGUUAUGAAGAACCUCCAGGCCCACUAUGAAGACUUUCUGCAGGACAGCCGUGACUCUGUGCUUUUCUCAGUGACUGACCGUUUGCGCUUGGAAGAGGAGGUGGAGGCUUGUAAAACCCACUUCCAGCACCUGAUGAAGUCCAUGGAGAAUGAGGACAAAGAAGAAACUGUGGCCAAGCUAUACAUUUCAGAGCUAAAGAAUAUCCGACUGCGCCUGGAGGACUGUGAACAGAGGCUGGUCAAACGAAUUCAGUCCACAGCCAGUUUUAGGACUGACCAAGAUGUUCGGCAGGACAGUGCACUAAGGAUUGCAGAGCAAGAGCACACCCAGGAGGAUUUACAGCAGCUGAGGUCAGACUUGGAUGCUGUUUCCAUGAAAUGCAACAGCUUUCUCCAUCAGUCCCCAUCCGGUUCGAGUGUACCAGCUCUGCGCUCAGAGCUCAGUCUGCUGGUGGAGAAGAUGGACCGUGUUUACAGUCUCUCCACUGUCUAUCUGAAUAAGCUGAAGACAAUUGAUGUUAUAGUGCGUAGCAUGCAGGAUGCUGAACUCUUGGUGAAAGGUUAUGAAAUCAAGCUGAGUCAGGAAGAAGCAGUGCCAGCAGAUCUCUCAGCUCUGGAGUCCCAUCGGUCGACAUUAAGGCAUUGGCUUAGUGAUGUGAAAGAUAAGAAUUUGGUGUUUUCAGUCCUGGAUGAGGAGAUUGCCAAGGCCAAGGUAGUGGCAGAGCAGCUGAGUCGUCUGACCCCAGAACGAAACCUGGAUUUGGAGCGCUGUCAGGAGAAAGGCUCCCAGCUGCAGGAGCGUUGGCACCGGGUCAUUGCCCAGCUCGAAACCCGCCAAUCUGAGUUAGAAAGUAUCCAGGAAGUUCUAGGAGAUUACCGGGCCUGCCAUGAAACGCUCAUCAAGUGGAUAGAGGAGACCACUGCACAGCAGGAAAUGAUGAAGCCGGGCCAGGCUGAGGACAGCAGAGUGCUGUCGGAGCAGCUCAGCCAGCAGACGGAUCUGUUUGCAGAAAUUGAGAGAAAUCAGACAAAACUGGACCAGUGUCAAAAAUUUUCCCAGCAAUAUUCCACAAUUGUAAAGGACUAUGAAUUACAACUGAUGACAUAUAAGGCCUUUGUGGAAUCACAGCAGAAAUCCCCUGGCAAGCGCCGCCGCAUGCUUUCUUCUUCCGACGCCAUCACGCAAGAGUUCAUGGACCUGAGGACGCGCUACACAGCCUUGGUGACCUUAACAACUCAGCAUGUGAAAUACAUCAGUGAUGCUCUCCGGCGGCUGGAGGAGGAGGAGAAAGUGGUAGAAGAGGAAAAACAGGAGCAUAUGGAGAAGGUUAAAGAACUUUUGGGCUGGGUUUCUACCCUAGCAAGGAAUACCCAAAGCAAAGCUACCUCAUCCCAGACCAAAGAAUCAACAGACAUUGAGAAAGCUAUUUCAGAUCAGCAGGUUCUGGCAGAGGAGCUGACAACAAAGAAAGAACAAGUCUCUGAGGCUAUUAAAACCUCACAGAUCUUCUUGGCCAAGCAUGGUCAUAAGCUCUCCGAAAAAGAGAAGGAACAGAUAGUUGAACAAUUGAAUGCCCUGAAUAAAACUUAUCAUGGCCUUUGUGAUGGCUCAGCAAACCAGCUUCAGCAACUUCAGAGCCAGUUAGCUCAACAAACAGAACAAAAGGGUUGCAGAGCAGUUGCUGGGGUGAUUGACCUAGGCACAGUGGAGAUAUUUCCCAUCUUCAGAGCCAUGCAAAAGGGCCUCAUUGACCAAGAUACAGGCCUUGUGCUCCUGGAAUCCCAGGUUAUCAUAUCUGGCCUCAUUGCUCCUGAGACCACAGAAAAGCUCUCUUUGGAGGAGGGCCUAGCUAGAAACCUCAUUAAUCCCCAGAUGUACCAACAGCUCCGAGAGCUACAGGAUGCCCUGUCCUUAAUAUUCAGGCAUACUGAGAACAAAGGUCCUCUUUCUGUGGUGGAAGCAAUUGAAAAGAAAAUAAUCAGUGAGAGAGUUGGACUGAAGAUCUUAGAAGCUCACAUGGCAACUGGAGGUUUUAGUCUCCCCUCUAAUGAGAACUAUGUUAACCUCGAGGAGGCUUUCCAGCAAGGCCUCAUUUCCGCCCAGUUUCAUUCAGUGUUUGAGUCUCAUCUGAGAUCUUCCAAGAAUUUAAUCGAUCCCAACACAGCUGAGAAAGUCAGUUUGCUGGAUCUGAUGCAUAGAUGCAUUGUGCACCAAGAAUCAGGGCUGAAAUUGUUGCCUGUCAAGCAACUGGCAGGGGGAAUGGUAAGCCUGAAAUCAGGCCGGAAGGUUAGCAUUUUCCGUGCAGUUCAGGAAGGGCUAAUAGAUAGGCAGGUCACUGUCCGACUGCUGGAAGCUCAGCUUUUUGCUGGUGGCAUAGUAGAUCCAAGAACAGGACACAGACUUACAGUGGAUGAGGCUGUGAGACAUAAUUUGAUUGACCAAGAUAUGGCCUGUGCUAUUCUCAUAAGGCAGCUUCAGACAGGAGGCAUCAUAGACCCCGUCACUGGGCGUAGACUGACACUAGAUGAAGCAGUAAGCAAAGAUCUGGUAGCUCCUAAGAUUGCCCUUGUGAUUCUGGAGUCCCUUUGGUCAUUCAUGGGGUUUCUAUGGCCAGAAUCUGGAGAGAUCCGACCAAUUACAGAUGCCCUGGAGCAAGGUAUUGUGUCUUCUGAACUAGCUUGUAAAAUCCUUAGUGGCCGACAGCAUAUCAAGGCUCUGUUUCUACCGGCAACCACAGAGAUUCAGUCCUGGAAAGAAGCAAUAAAAAAUGGCAUCUUAGACAGAGAUCUUGCCAAUAAAUUAAAAUCAAUUUGCAUACCUGAUGUGAUGCCGCACAUGCAAUUAGCAGGCUCUUCAGAACGAAGCAAAUUGAACAUUAGUCCUGCAACGGCAGGUCUGCCAGGUGGCAAGGGCCAAGCAGAGGGCUUAACAAGUCGUCGUGAUAAGCUUUUUUUUGAACUCAUGACUCACAGCUGUAUUAAUGUGCAGAAUGGACAAAGGCUGCUGCUGCUAGACGACAAGCUGAUAGAGACCCUAAUGGCAAUAGGUGAAUGUCAAGCAAGUCCUCCAGAAAUACUUGGAAUUAGGCACCAAAAGCUAGAAACUCCUGGGGAAUUACAUGAACCAAUGGAUGUGAAAAUGACAGAGUCUUUCUGUGAUGAGCCGACUGCAAGGCUGUGUGAGCUCCAGUUUUCUUCUCAGAACACCGAGUACCCUGAUGAAGCAAGCUGCAAUGAAGCAAAAGGCUCAAAGGUUUUUAUCGAAACAGAAGCCCCCUCUAUAGAAAACCCUGAAAGGGGCCUAUUUGUUGAGGAACAAAAAGUGAGAAACCCAAAUGUCGAUACUUUGAAGUUGAAAAGUAAAGUCAAAUCAGAGUUAAAAAGGCAAUUGUUUGGUGUCAAAAAGGACGACCAAACAGAUGUAUCUGCCAGAGAAGAUAUCAGCAGAGAAUUUCUCCUUAUGAUACCUCCUGAGAAAGUGGAAGAUAUGACCGUGGUGGUGGACAAAGAUUCUUUUUCUGUUGAAACACCAAGGGAAGAAUGGCAGACUCUCAGAAAGACUUUGUGUCAGAAAGAGCAAGAACGAAUGCUUGACAUCGAAUGUAUUCCAGGUGAAACUGAAAGACUUCUUAUAAAACCCCAAAGCACAACUUCACAAUUUCAGGUAGCGAAAACGCAAGAUCUGGAAUCAGAACUAAAGAAUGAGAAUGGUACAGAUACUCAUUCUCUGGACAAAAAGACGGCCUUGAAUAAAGCAUUUCCAGAUAGAGAUGAGCAUAAGCAAAGAGGAGAAGGACUUAACAUUGCCGGCGGCGGUGUGGUGAUGUCAGGAGAGAUGGACAGAGAGGCUGAUGGGAAUGAAACUUCCCUGUCACAUGAUCAUCCUUCACAAUUGCUUGAAGAAGCCUCCUUAAACUUAUUAUCUGCACAAUUACUCGAUGGCGGCAUCUUUCAUGAACAAACAGGUCAAAAGCUGUUACUAAAUGAAGCAGUAGCCCAAGGUGUUGUGCCCAGUCACACUGCUGUGAAGCUUAUGGCAAAACUGAACAUGUUUCGAGGUUUCUUUGACUCUCAGACCCGAGAGUUUUUGACAACUGAAGAAGUCAUCAAUGAAGGUUUGAUGGAUGAGAAAUUACUGCAUAAUGUCCUCAUGACAGACAAAGCUAUCAGUGGGAUCUUAGACCCCCGGACCCACACCCUCUGCUCUGUGAAGGAAGCAGUUACAGCUGGACUUAUAGACACACAAACAGCCACCAGAAUUUUAGAGGGGCAGGUCGUGACUGGUGGAAUUGUUGACCUGAAACGAGGCAAAAAGGUUUCAGUAACUUUGGCCUCAAAUCUUGGCUUGGUAGAUAGUGUUGACCAGACAGAGCUUAUAAAUCUGGAGAAAGCUUCCAAAGGCAGAGAUGCUGAAAAAAUAGUUAGGGAGAGGUUAAUUAGCUUACAAAUGGAAACAACUGGAAUUGUGGACUCUGAGAGCAAAACCCCUUUAACAGUUGUACAGUCCAUUGACAGAGGACUUUUGGCAAGAAAGGAGGCCAUUCAGUUGUUGGCGAAGCAGGUGGUAGAUGGAGGUAUCAUUCACCAUAUAUCUGGGAUGAGACUUUCUGUUGAUAAUGCCUUUAAACAUGGUAUUAUUGAUGAAGAUUUAGCCAAAGAACUCAAAAAAGUUGAGAACUUAAACCUGCAUCAGUUUUUACAUCCUGAAACAAAAGAAACGAUUUCUCUCCCUGAGGCUAUAAAAUUAGAUCUAGUUACCCCAGACUUAAAAACAGAAAUCCAGGAAAUUCAGGCCCUGACCGGCAACUUUGUGGAUCUCCUUUCUGGCCAGAAAUUGACCUUGGCAGAAGCCAAAAAAGAAGGACUGCUAGCUAAUAAAGCAGUAUUGUCUUCAGGAAUGAUGCAUGAGGUUGUAGACCCUGAGAAUUACAGAAUUGUUCCCUUUUCAGAAUUAGUAAAGAAAUGUAAGAUUGAUAUUGAAUCUGGACGGAGGUACCUAGAAGUAAUUCCCUUCUCAGACAUUAAAGAUGAAGUGAGUGACAAAGUACUUACGUUGGCUCAGGCAACUCAGCUGGGAAAAGUAGACUUUGCCUCUAUGCUGAAGAUUCUGGAAGCCCAGGCAAAUACUGGUGGAAUCAUUGAUACUACUACAGGAAAUAAACUGACAUUGGCAUUAGCUCUGAGACAGAAAUUAGUGGAUGAAAACAUGGUCAGAACUAUUGCAUCUCAUCAGGUCUUAAAUGGAGGAAUUGUUGACAUAUUUAGCAAUCAGAGAGUCACUUUAAAGGAAGCAAUUGAGAAGCAAUUUAUCAGCCCUGAACUGGCAGCCAUGAUCCAAGUGGACACUUCAGAACUCUGUGAUCACAGGACUCAGAUUAAAAUGCAAGAUGAAAUUGAAGUACGUGGAUUAAAGAAGGAAUUUCUAGAAAAAGAAAUGGUAACUACUUGUAAUCGGACUGCUGAAAUGAACUGCAGUGAAGGUGAAAGAAAGAAGUUAUUUCAAAUGGAAAGUCAAUCUGCACAAGAAAAGGGUAAAGCAAGAAUUUCCAGUGACGAGCGGGCAAAAAAGAGCAGGGGAAUAUCCUUAACGGAAUUGGAGGGCAAGGAUCCAGAGGCUAGAGAAUCUGUCAGUGUCAUAAUUCCUAGUGACCUUAAAGGAAAACCGCUGGGCCAUGUUUCAUUGACGCUGCCUCACUCAGCGGCCCAAGAGUUUACACCUGAAGCAGUCACUAGUAGUAACAUGGGAAAAAAGAUAAAUGAAGUAGUGGCACAAACAGAAAUUAUUUCUCAUACAAAACAGUCCAUGUCAGGUCUAGAUUCUAAAGAAGUAAGGGAAAACCGAGGAGAUAUUAUUUCAGAAGUACAACAAUCAAAUUGUGACACCCCCAGCAAAUUGCUGAGUGAGCAGUUGAUGCAGAAGCCAGUGAGUACCAAGGAGAAAAGAAAGAGAAAGAAGAGGGAGAUGGUUGUAAAGGAAAGUAUCAAAACAGGCAAACCUACUGUUCUUUCAGAGGAAAAGCUGAAUCAGGAAACUAGAGGUGACAAUGAUUCCAAUAUGAAGAGUCAACCCAUGGAAAUAAUCAUAACUGAAAAAGGGAAAGAAGCUGAGAGAGAGCUGGGAUUUUCUGUUACUUGUAAAACAGAAGACUCUUCUUCUCAAAUGAUGCCUGAAGGGAUUUCUAUAAGAAAUCAAGAUGCCUUAACAUUCUUUAGGUCCAAUGAGGCCAAUGAAGGAGAAGUUAAAGAUUUAAGCCUCUGUUUGACUUUAAAACCAGAAGAAAAUUUAUCUCAAGGAAUUACUUCUGGGGCUCAGAGUGAGCCAUUCUCUUCUGUGCUCUCCAGAUCUGAAGGAUUGCUCUACCAGGAAUCAUUUGGAAAACCCCAAGUUGCCGACACAUCUGGAAUUUCCAUAACAGACAAGUCUUUCCAAGGGACCACCAGACAGGAGACCAACUAUUGUCAAGAUUUUGGUGUUACUUUUAAAACUAAGGAUACCAAAGAUCUGAUUGUCUCAUCUAAUGAGUAUAAAGAAAAAAAAUACCAAGAAGUAUCUCCCGACUCAACGAGAGCUCUUAAAUUACAGGAAGAAAUUACAUUUUCUAGAGUAGACCCGAGAGAAACCAAUUAUCCAGAAUUCUCAGAUCGAAAAGACCUUCAUUAUCAGGAGAACAAAAAGGAUCACGAGCUUGGUGGAACUUUCAAAUCUGAAGUAGAAAUCACUCAGGAAAUAACUGGAGAGGAAUUUCUAGAAAGCACAGACCCUCUAGCUACAGGUACAGAAGCAGGGUCCUUUGAAGGCAUAGUGACUCAGGGGGAUCCCAGAGUUUUGCUGUCCCUUCUUCCAGAGAAACAGCUUAAAGAUAUGUCUCAAAAAGAGAGUAUAGGACAACAGGAUGCCACCAUUAGUCCCACUAUUCCAGAGACCAGUGAAGAAAAGACAGUGCUCCUAACAUGUCCUGCACUGAAGACCGACAAGAAGACGCCACAGGAAAUGCUCAGAGAAAGCCCUGACAGUGAGCAGAUGCCCUCCCCGACUGUACCUGUGGGAAAAGGAAAUGAAGGUGCAACCCCAGAGCCCUUCAGAGCAACUAAAAAUGUAUUUAACCGGCGACUCUGUCUAGAACAUGACGAAAAGUUGGUGUCCUAUCUCUCUCUAUUACGAGACAUUGAGAUGAGAACCAAGCAGAUUCAACCUGUGGAGCUAAACCUGGCCAAGCUACAGGAUCUGCUCUGCCAGGCCAAGGUGUUAGACAAAGAGUUAAAGGAUCUGUCCUCUGUGGUGAGUCAGGAAUUGGAGUGUGUGAAUCAGAUUAUCAUCAGCCAGCCUCAAGAAGUCCCUGCUCAGCUGCUUAAGGCUCUAGAGAAAGAUGCCAAGAAUCUCCAAAAGUCCCUCAGCUCUGUGAGUGACACCUGGAGUUCUAGACUCCUUCACCUCCAGAAUGCUAUGGAUGCAAAAAAGGUGAGUGUGUUAAAUGAGCACAAACAACUAGAAGGCAGACUUCAAGAGCUGAGAGCCUGGGUUGACAGUACCCACCUAACUCUGAACAGCAAGGACUAUGACAGUGAGACAGACACCAGUAGCCUGAAGCUCUGUCUCCAACAGCAUGAGGAUUUGAAGCUGCCUGUGGCUGAAAGGAAAUCGCAGCUGGAUGCUCUUGCUUUCGAUAUUCAGUUCUUUAUCUCUGAGCAUGCCCAAGACUUGUCCCCUCAGCAGAAUCGACAGGUGCUGAGGCUUCUGAAUGAAGUGCAGAGGUCCUUCCAGGGCCUGGAGGAGCAGACUGCAGCUCAGAUGGAUGCCUUGCAGGGCCGCCUUCAACAAAUGGAGCAGGCAGCCCAGGUCAAGACCCUGCAGAAACAACAAAAUACCUGUCACCAGAAACUGGAGGAUCUCUGCAGUUGGAUAGGACAGACGAAAAGAGCACUGAUGGGCCACCAAGGUAGAGUCACCCAGCAGGGGCUCUCUGAUUUGCAGAAGAACCAAAGCGACCUAAAGGGUUUGCAGGAUGACAUUCAGAACCGUGCCGCCUCAUUUGCCAGUAUGGUCAAAGACAUUGAAGGGUUCCUGGAAGAGAACCAGAGCAAGCUGAGCCCCAGUGAGUUGACAGCUCUUCGGGAAAAGCUCCAUCAGGCUAAGGAGCAAUAUGAGGCUCUCCAGGAACAGGCUCGGGUGGCCCAGAAGGAGCUGGAGGAAGUAGUGACCUCAGCCUUACAGCAGGAGACGGAAAAGAGUAACGCUGCAAAGGAACUGGCAGAGAACAGGAGUAAGAUUGAUGCUCUCUUGGGUUGGGUGACUUCAGUGGGAUCGUCCGGUGGACAGAUGGAGCCCCUCGCAGGAGCUUGCCCACAGAAAGGAGCCUUGGAUUCCACCGAUGGUCACGUGGGGGCAAACCAUGCUCCAGAGGAACUGGACCAGCAGUGUGAGAAGUUAAAGGUGAGAAUUCACCAAGAAUUGCUGUCUCAGCAACAAAAUUUCAUCCUGGCCACCCAGUCAGCUCAGGCCUUCCUGGACCAGCAUGGCCACAACCUCACGCCCGAGGAACGGCAGACGCUGCAAGAGAAGCUGGGAGAGCUGAAGGAACAGUAUGCGACUUCCCUGGCCCAGUCAGAGGCAGAGCUGAAGCAGGUGCAGACAUUGCGAGAUGAGCUGCAGAAGUUUCUGCAGGAUCAUAAAGAAUUUGAAACCUGGCUGGAACGGUCUGAGAAAGAGCUGGAGAACAUGCAUAAAGGGAGCAGCAGCCCUGAAGCCCUUCCCGCCCUGCUAAAGCAUCAGGGGAGCUUCUCAGAAGAUGUCAUUUCCCACAAAGGAGACUUGAGAUUUGUCACUAUCUCAGGACAGAAAGUCUUAGACACAGAAAAUAACUUUGAGGAAGUCAGAGAACCCUCAGCAACUGGAGCCUUAGUGAAAGCCAAGCUGAAGGAUGCUACAGAGAGAUACACUGUUCUCCAUUCAAAGUGUACCCGAUUGGGCUCUCACCUGAACAUGCUACUAGGCCAUUAUCAGCAGUUCCAGAACAGCGCUGACAGCCUGCAGGCCUGGAUGCAGGCUUGUGAGGCCAAUGUGGAGAGGCUCCUCUCAGACACUGUUUCUUCUGAUCCUACGGUCCUACAAAAGCAGCUUGCAACAACCAAGCAGUUGCAGGAAGAAUUGGCUGAACAUCAAGUGCCUGUAGAAAAACUCCAAAAAGUAGCUCGUGACCUCAUGGAAAUUGAAGGGGAGCCAGCCCCAGACCACAAGCAUGUUCAAGAAACUACAGAUUCAAUACUCAGCCAUUUCCAGAGCCUGUCCAGUAGCCUAGCUGAGCGCUCUGCUCUGCUGCAGAAGGCAAUUGCCCAGUCUCAGAGUGUCCAAGAAAGCCUCGAGAGCUUAUUGCAGUCUAUCGGGGAAGUUGAAAAAAACCUGGAAGAGGAGCAAGUGGCAUCACUGUCAUCGGGAGUCAUCCAAGAAGCCUUGGCCACCAACAUGAAACUGAAGCAGGACAUUGCCAGGCAAAGAAGCAGCUUAGAAGCCACCCGUGAGAUGGUGACCCGGUUCAUGGAGACAGCAGACAGCAACACGGCCGCAGUGCUGCAGGGCAAGCUGGCAGAGGUGAGCCAGCGCUUCGAGCAGCUCUGUCUACAGCAGCAAGAGAAAGAGAGCUCCCUGAAGAAGCUUCUGCCCCAGGCAGAGAUGUUUGAGCACCUCUCUGAUAAGCUUCGGCAGUUCAUGGAAAACAAAAGCCGGAUGCUAGCCUCUGGAAAUCAGCCAGAUCAAGAUAUUGCACAUUUCUCCCAACAGAUCCAGGAGCUCAAUUUGGAAAUGCAAGACCAACAGGAGAACCUUUCUACUCUUGAGCACCUGGUCACUGAACUGAGCUCCUGUGGAUUUGCUCUGGACCUGUCCCAGCAUCAGGACAGGGUCCAAAACCUCAAGAAGGACUUCACAGAGCUGCAAAAGACAGUUAAAGAAAGAGAGGAAGAUGCAUCAUCUUGCCAGCAACAAUUGGAUGAAUUUCGGAAGCUGGUUAGGACCUUCCAGAAAUGGCUGAAGGAAACUGAAGGAAACAUUCCACCUACAGAGACUUUCAUGAGUACUAAAGAACUGGAAAAGCAGAUUGAAUACCUAAAGGGUCUUCUAGAUGAUUGGGCAAGUAAGGGAACUUUGGUGGAAGAAAUCAAUUGCAAAGGCACGUCUUUAGAAAAUCUCAUCAUGGAGAUCACAGCACCUGAUUCCCAAGCUAAGACAGGUUCCAUACUGCCCUCUGUAGGAAGCUCUGUAGGCAGUGUAAACGGAUACCACACCUGCAAAGAUCUGACGGAGAUCCAGUGUGACAUGUCAGAUGUAAACUUGAAAUAUGAGAAACUGGGGGGAGUGCUUCGGGAACGCCAGGAAAGCCUUCAGGCUAUCCUCGGCAGAACGCAAGAAGUUCAGAAGGAGGCAAGUGCAAUGCUGCAGUGGCUGAAAUCGAAAGAGGAAGUUCUGAAAGCCAUGGAUGCUCCGUCAUCUCCAACUAAGACAGAAACGGUGAAAGCCCAAGCCGAAUCUAACAAGGCCUUCCUGGCUGAAUUGGAACAGAAUUCUCCAAACAUCCAAAAAGUAAAGGAAGCCCUUGCUGGAUUACUGAUGAUAUAUCCCAACUCUCAAGAAGCAGAAAACUGGAAGAAAAUGCAAGAAGAGCUCAAUUCCCGAUGGGAAAGGGCCACCGAGGUGACUAUGGCUCGACAAAGGCAGCUGGAGGAAUCUGCGAGUCAUCUGGCCUGCUUCCAGGCUGCAGAAUCCCAGCUCCGGCCCUGGCUGAUGGAGAAGGAACUGAUGAUGGGAGUGCUGGGGCCCCUGUCCAUCGACCCCAACAUGCUGAAUGCACAAAAGCAGCAGGUCCAGUUUAUGCUGAAGGAAUUUGAAGCACGCAAGCAACAGCAUGAGCAGCUGAAUGAGGCAGCUCAGGGCAUCCUAACAGGCCCUGGAGACGUCUCUCCAUCCACCAGCCAAGUACAGAAAGAACUCCAGAGCAUCAAUCAGAAGUGGGUUGAGCUGACUGACAAACUCAACUCCCGUUCCAGCCAAAUUGACCAAGCCAUUGUCAAAAGCACCCAGUACCAAGAACUGCUUCAGGACUUAUCAGAGAAGGUGAAGGCUGUUGGACAGCGACUGAGUGGCCAGUCGGCCAUCAGCACCCAACCUGAGGCUGUAAAGCAGCAACUGGAGGAGACCAGUGAGAUUCGGUCUGAUUUGGAGCAAUUAGACCAUGAGAUUAAGGAGGCACAGACGCUCUGUGACGAGCUCUCAGUGCUCAUUGGUGAGCAGUACCUCAAGGAUGAGCUGAAGAAACGUUUGGAGACAGUGGCUGUACCUCUCCAAGGUUUAGAAGACCUUGCAGCUGAUCGCAUGAACAGACUCCAGGCAGCUCUUGCCAGCACGCAACAGUUCCAGCAAAUGUUUGAUGAGCUGAGAACCUGGUUGGAUGACAAACAAAGCCAGCAAGCAAAAAACUGCCCAAUUUCUGCAAAAUUGGAGAAGCUACAGUCUCAGCUCCAGGAGAAUGAAGAAUUUCAGAAGAGCCUUAACCAACACAGUGGUUCCUACGAGGUGAUUGUGGCUGAAGGAGAAUCUCUGCUGCUUUCUGUGCCUCCUGGAGAAGAGAAAAAGACUUUGCAAAACCAACUGGUUGAGCUCAAAAGCCACUGGGAAGAACUCAGUAAAAAAACUGCAGACAGACAAUCCAGGCUAAAGGACUGUGUGCAGAAAGCUCAGAAAUAUCAGUGGCAUGUGGAUGACCUUGUGCCAUGGAUAGAAGAUUGCAAAGCCAAGAUGUCUGACUUGCGGGUCACUCUGGAUCCAGUGCAGCUGGAGACCAAUCUCCUGAGGUCAAAAGCUAUGCUGAGCGAGGUAGAAAAACGCCGUUCCCUGCUGGAAAUAUUGAACAGUGCUGCUGACAUUCUGAUCAAUUCUUCAGAAACGGAUGAGGAUGAUAUUCGGGAUGAGAAGGCUGGGAUCAACCAGAACAUGGAUUCCAUUACAGAAGAGCUACAGGCCAGAACAGGGUCCCUUGAAGAGAUGACCCAGAGGCUCAAGGAGUUCCAGGAAAGCUUUAAGAAUAUUGAAAAAAAGGUUGAAGGGGCCAAACACCAACUUGAGAUCUUUGAUGCUCUAGGUUCUCAAGCCUGCAGCAACAAGAACCUGGAGAAGCUUCGAGCUCAACAGGAAGUGCUGCAGGCCCUGGAACCUCAGGUAGACUAUCUGAGGAACUUCACCCAGGGCCUGGUAGAAGAUGCCCCAGAUGGAUCUGAUGCUUCCCAACUUUUACAACAAGCCGAGGUCACCCAGAAAGAGUUCUUGGAAGUGAAAGAAAGAGUGAACAGCAGUUGCAUGGCAAUGGAAAACAAGCUGGAGGGGAUUGGCCAAUUUCACUGCCGAGUCCGAGAGAUGUUUUCUCAGUUGGCUGACCUGGACGAUGAGCUCGACGGCAUGGGUGCUGUGGGCAGAGACACUGACAGCCUCCAGUCCCAAAUUGAAGACGUGCGGCUGUUCCUUAACAAAAUCCAAGCCCUCAAAUUAGACAUAGAAGCCUCUGAAGCAGAGUGCCGACAGAUGCUGGAGGAAGAGGGCACUCUGGACUUGCUAGGUCUCAAGAGGGAGCUAGAAGCCCUGAGCAAGCAGUGUGGCAAACUGACAGAGAGGAGCAAAGCUCGCCAGGAGCAGCUUGAGCUGACCCUGGGCCGAGUGGAGGACUUCUAUAGGAAGUUGAAGGUACUCAAUGACAUGACCACAGCGGCAGAGGAGGGCGAGGCCCUCCAGUGGGUAGUGGGGACCGAAGUGGAUGUCAUCAACCAACAGCUAGCAGAUUUUAAAAUGUUUCAGAAAGAACAGGUGGAUCCUCUUCAGAUGAAAUUGCAGCAGGUGAAUGGACUGGGCCAGGGAUUGAUUCAGAGUGCCGGGAAGAACUGUGAUGUGCAGGGUUUGGAACAUGACAUGGAAGAGAUCAAUGCCCGAUGGAACACUCUGAAUAAAAAGGUUGCACAAAGGAUUGCACAACUGCAGGAGGCUUUGUUGCAUUGUGGGAAGUUUCAAGAUGCCUUGGAGCCGUUGCUCAGCUGGCUGGCAGACACCGAGGAGCUCAUAGCCAAUCAGAAGCCUCCAUCUGCUGAGUAUAAAGUGGUGAAAGCACAGAUCCAAGAACAGAAGUUACUCCAGCGGCUCCUAGAUGAUCGAAAGGCCACAGUGGACAUGCUUCAAGCAGAAGGAGGCAGGAUCGCCCAGUCCGCUGAGCUGGCUGAUAGAGAGAAAAUCACCGGACAGUUGGAGAGUCUUGAAAGUAGAUGGACUGGACUACUUAACAAGGCAGCGGCCAGGCAAAAACAGCUGGAAGAUAUCCUGAUUCUGGCCAAGCAAUUCCAUGAGACAGCUGAGCCUAUUUCUGACUUCUUAUCUGUCACGGAGAAAAAGCUUGCUAACUCAGAACCAGUGGGUACUCAGACUGCUAAAAUACAGCAGCAGAUCGUUCGGCACAAGGCUCUGGAGGAAGAAAUAGAAAGCCAUGCAGCAGAUGUGCACCAGGCAGUCAAAAUUGGGCAGUCCCUCUCCUCCCUGACGUGUUCUGCAGAACAGGGGGUGCUGUCAGAAAAGCUAGACUCAUUGCAGGCUCGGUACAGUGAGAUUCAAGACCGGUGCUGUCGGAAAGCAGCCCUGCUUGAACAAGCACUGUCCAAUGCUAGACUCUUCGGGGAGGAUGAGGUGGAGUUGCUCAACUGGCUGGCUGAGGUUGAGGACAAGCUCAGUUCAGUGUUCGUAAAGGAUUACAGACAGGAUGUCCUGCAGAAGCAGCAUGCUGACCACCUGGCUUUGAAUGAAGAGAUUGUUAAUAGAAAGAAGAAUGUAGAUCAAGCUAUUAAAAAUGGGCAGGCGCUUCUAAAACAAACCACAGGUGAAGAGGUGUUGCUUAUCCAGGAGAAACUGGAUGGAAUAAAGACUCGCUAUGCAGAUAUCACAGUCACUAGCUCCAAGGCCCUCCGAACUUUAGAGCAAGCCCGGCAACUGGCUACCAAGUUCCAGUCUACUUAUGAGGAACUGACCACAUGGCUAAGGGAGGUAGAGGAGGAACUGGCAGCCAGCGGGGGGCAAUCUCCCACAGGGGAGCAAAUACCCCAGUUUCAACAAAGACAGAAGGAAUUGAAGAAGGAGGUCAUGGAGCACAGGCUCGUGUUGGACACAGUGAAUGAAGUGAGCCGUGCCCUCUUAGAGCUGGUGCCCUGGAGAGCCAGAGAAGGGCUAGAUAAGCUUGUGUCCGAUGUCAAUGAGCAGUACAAGCUGAUCAGUGAUACUGUUGGACAAAGGGUGGAUGAAAUUGAUGCUGCUAUUCAGAGAUCACAACAGUACGAGCAAGCUGCUGAUGCAGAACUAGCCUGGGUUGCUGAAACGAAAAGGAAACUGAUGUCCCUGGGUCCAAUUCGCCUAGAACAGGACCAGACUACAGCUCAGCUGCAGGUGCAGAAGGCCUUCUCCAUUGAUAUCAUUCGACACAAGGAUUCCAUGGAUGAACUCUUCAGUCAUCGUGGUGAAAUCUUUGGCACAUGUGGAGAAGAGCAGAAAGCCCUAUUACAGGAAAAGACAGAGUCUCUAAUACAGCAGUACGAAGCUGUUAGUCUGCUCAAUUCAGAGCGCUAUGCACGCCUGGAGCGAGCGCAGGUCUUGGUGAACCAGUUUUGGGAAACUUAUGAGGAGCUCAGCCCUUGGAUUGAGGAGACUCGGGCUCUGAUAGCACAGCUCCCUCCGCCUGCUAUUGACCACGAACAGCUCAGGCUGCAGCAAGAGGAGAUGAGGCAACUAAGGGAAUCCAUUGCUGAACACAAACCGCAUAUUGAUAAGCUGUUAAAGAUAGGCCCACAACUAAAGGAGUUAAAUCCUGAAGAGGGGGAAAUGGUGGAAGAAAAAUAUCAGAAGGCAGAAAAUAUGUAUGCCCAAAUAAAGGAGGAGGUGCGCCAGCGGGCCCUGGCUCUGGACGAAGCUGUUUCCCAGUCUGCUCAGUUCCAUGAUAAAAUCGAGCCCAUGUUGGAGACUCUGGAGAAUCUUUCCUCUCGCCUGCGUAUGCCACCACUGAUCCCCGCUGAAGUGGACAAGAUCAGAGAGUGUAUCAGUGACAAUAAGAGUGCCACUGUGGAGUUGGAAAAGCUGCAGCCUUCCUUUGAGGCCCUGAAGCGCCGGGGAGAAGAGCUCAUUGGGCGAUCUCAGGGAGCUGACAAGGAUCUGGCUGCAAAAGAAAUCCAGGACAAAUUGGAUCAGAUGGUUUUCUUCUGGGAAGAUAUCAAAGCUCGGGCUGAAGAGCGAGAAAUUAAGUUCCUAGAUGUUCUUGAGCUGGCGGAAAAGUUCUGGUAUGACAUGGCAGCGCUCCUGACCACCAUCAAAGACACCCAGGACAUCGUCCAUGACCUGGAAAGCCCGGGCAUCGAUCCAUCCAUAAUCAAGCAGCAGGUUGAGGCUGCCGAGACUAUUAAAGAAGAGACAGAUGGUCUGCAUGAGGAAUUGGAGUUUAUUCGAAUCCUUGGAGCAGAUUUGAUUUUUGCCUGUGGAGAAACCGAGAAGCCCGAAGUAAAGAAGAGCAUUGAUGAGAUGAAUAAUGCCUGGGAGAACUUAAAUAAAACAUGGAAAGAGAGGCUAGACAAGCUUGAGGAUGCCAUGCAAGCGGCUGUGCAGUAUCAGGACACCCUUCAGGCUAUGUUUGACUGGCUAGAUAACACUGUGAUUAAACUCUGCACCAUGCCCCCUGUUGGCACCGACCUCAACACUGUUAAAGAUCAGUUAAAUGAAAUGAAGGAGUUCAAAGUAGAAGUUUACCAACAGCAAAUUGAGAUGGAGAAGCUCAAUCACCAGGGUGAACUAAUGUUAAAGAAAGCUACUGAUGAAACAGACCGAGACAUUAUACGAGAGCCAUUGACGGAGCUCAAACACCUCUGGGAGAACCUGGGUGAGAAAAUCGCCCACAGACAGCAUAAGCUCGAAGGUGCUCUCUUGGCCCUUGGCCAGUUCCAGCACGCCUUAGAGGAGCUAAUGAGUUGGCUGACUCACACUGAAGAGUUGUUAGAUGCUCAGAGACCAAUAAGUGGAGACCCAAAAGUCAUUGAAGUUGAGCUUGCGAAGCACCAUGUUCUUAAAAAUGAUGUUUUGGCCCAUCAAGCCACAGUGGAAACAGUGAACAAAGCUGGCAAUGAGCUUCUUGAAUCCAGUGCUGGAGAUGACGCCAGCAGCUUAAGGAGCCGCUUGGAAACGAUGAACCGGUGCUGGGAGUCAGUGUUACAAAAAACAGAGGAGAGGGAGCACCAGCUGCGGUCGACACUGCAGCAGGCUCAGGGCUUCCACAGUGAAAUUGAAGAUUUCCUCUUGGAACUGACUAGAAUGGAGACCCAACUUUCUGCAUCUAAGCCCACAGGAGGACUUCCUGAAACUGCUAGAGAACAGCUUGAUACACAUAUGGAACUCUAUUCCCAGCUCAAAGCCAAGGAAGAAACUUAUAAUCAACUGUUGGACAAGGGCAGACUCAUGCUUCUCAGCCGUGGUGAUUCUGGGUCUGGCUCAAAAACAGAGCAGAGUGUAGCGCUACUGGAACAGAAGUGGCACGUGGUCAGCAGCAAGAUGGAAGAAAGAAAGUCAAAGCUGGAAGAGGCCCUCAACCUGGCAACAGAAUUCCAGAAUUCCCUACAAGAAUUUAUCAACUGGCUCACCCUAGCAGAGCAGAGUUUAAACAUCGCUUCUCCUCCCAGCCUGAUUCUGAACACCGUCCUUUCCCAGAUAGAGGAGCAUAAGGUUUUUGCUAAUGAAGUAAAUGCUCAUCGAGACCAGAUCAUUGAGCUGGAUCAAACUGGGAAUCAGCUAAAAUUUCUUAGCCAAAAACAGGAUGUUGUUCUGAUCAAGAACUUGCUGGUUAGCGUCCAGUCCCGAUGGGAGAAAGUUGUCCAGCGAUCUAUUGAAAGAGGACGAUCACUAGAUGAUGCCAGGAAGCGGGCAAAACAAUUCCAUGAAGCUUGGAAAAAACUGAUUGACUGGCUAGAAGAUGCAGAGAGUCACCUGGACUCGGAACUGGAAAUCUCCAAUGACCCAGACAAAAUUAAACUUCAGCUCUCUAAGCACAAGGAGUUUCAGAAAACUCUUGGUGGCAAGCAGCCUGUGUAUGAUACCACAAUUAGAACUGGCAGAGCACUGAAGGAAAAAACUUUGCUUCCUGAUGACACUCACAAACUGGACAAUUUAUUGGGGGAAGUCAGAGACAAAUGGGAUACUGUUUGUGGCAAGUCCGUGGAGAGGCAGCACAAGUUGGAGGAGGCCCUGCUGUUCUCAGGCCAGUUCAUGGACGCUUUGCAGGCAUUGGUGGACUGGUUGUACAAGGUGGAGCCUCAGCUGGCAGAGGACCAGCCUGUGCAUGGGGACCUGGACCUGGUCAUGAAUCUCAUGGAUGCCCAUAAGGUUUUCCAGAAGGAGCUGGGAAAGCGAACGGGAACUGUUCAGGUGCUGAAGCGGUCUGGCCGUGAGCUGAUUGAGAAUAGUCGUGAUGACACCACGUGGGUGAGAGGGCAGCUCCAGGAGCUGAGCACCCGCUGGGACACUGUGUGCAAGCUCUCUGUCUCCAAACAAAGCCGCCUGGAGCAGGCACUAAAGCAGGCAGAAGAGUUCCGGGACACUGUCCACAUGCUGCUGGAGUGGCUUUCUGAAGCAGAGCAAACACUUCGUUUUCGGGGGGCACUUCCUGAUGACACAGAGGCUCUGCAGUCUCUCAUUGACACCCACAAGGAAUUCAUGCAGAAAGUAGAAGAAAAGCGAGUGGAUGUGAGCACAGCAGCAGCGAUGGGAGAAGCCAUCUUGGCUGUCUGCCAUCCCGACUGCAUCACCACCAUCAAACACUGGAUCACCAUCAUCCGGGCUCGCUUUGAGGAGGUCCUGACCUGGGCUAAGCAGCACCAGCAGCGUCUUGAAACAGCCCUGUCGGAACUGGUGGCUAAUGCUGAGCUCUUGGAAGAACUUCUGGCGUGGAUCCAGUGGGCUGAGACCACCCUCAUUCAGCGGGAUCAGGAGCCAAUCCCUCAGAACAUUGACCGAGUUAAAGCCCUUAUUGCUGAGCACCAGGCGUUUAUGGAAGAGAUGACUCGAAAACAGCCUGACGUGGACCGGGUCACCAAGACAUACAAAAGGAAAAACAUAGAGCCCGCCCACACGCCUUUCAUCGACAAGUCCCGCAGCAGCAGCAGGAAGUCCUUGAAUCAGCCCACGCCACCUCCCAUGCCAAUCCUGUCACAGUCUGAAGCAAAAAACCCACGCAUCAACCAGCUCUCUGGUCGCUGGCAGCAGGUGUGGCUGCUGGCAUUGGAGCGGCAGCGGAAGCUGAAUGAUGCCCUGGACAGGCUGGAGGAGUUGAAGGAAUUUGCCAACUUUGACUUUGAUGUCUGGAGGAAAAAGUACAUGCGUUGGAUGAAUCACAAAAAGUCUCGGGUGAUGGAUUUCUUCCGUCGGAUUGACAAGGACCAGGAUGGGAAGAUAACACGCCAGGAGUUCAUCGACGGCAUUCUAGCAUCUAAGUUCCCUACUACCAAGCUGGAGAUGACCGCCGUUGCUGACAUUUUUGACCGAGAUGGGGAUGGCUACAUUGAUUACUAUGAAUUCGUGGCUGCUCUCCAUCCCAACAAGGAUGCUUACCGACCAACCACCGAUGCUGAUAAAAUUGAAGAUGAGGUCACAAGACAAGUGGCUCAGUGCAAAUGUGCAAAAAGGUUUCAGGUGGAACAGAUUGGAGAGAAUAAAUACCGGUUCUUCCUCGGCAAUCAGUUUGGGGACUCCCAGCAGCUGCGGCUGGUCCGCAUCCUGCGCAGCACAGUGAUGGUCCGCGUCGGUGGAGGAUGGAUGGCCCUGGAUGAAUUCUUAGUGAAAAAUGACCCCUGCCGAGCACGAGGUAGAACUAACAUCGAACUUCGAGAGAAAUUCAUCCUACCAGAGGGGGCUUCACAGGGAAUGACACCUUUCCGAUCACGGGGUCGAAGAUCGAAGCCAUCUUCCCGGGCAGCCUCCCCUACCCGCUCCAGCUCAAGUGCCAGUCAGAGUAACCACAGCUGUACGUCCAUGCCAUCUUCUCCAGCCACCCCAGCCAGUGGUACCAAGACUCCACUUCAGUUCUCUCGCUGUUAUGACAAACCCUGGUUGGUAAACAGUAAAGCUGGCACCCCUGUCAGGGACAGCCAUUAUCCUGACUUCCAGCUGUCCAGCCCCGAGGUUAUUCCAUCAACAGGCAGCAAGUUGAAACGACCAACACCAACUUUUCAUUCUAGUCGAACAUCUCUCACCGGUGACACUAGCAAUAGUUCUUCCCCAGCCUCCACAGGUGCCAAAACCAAUCGGGCAGACCCCAAAAAGUCAGCCAGUCGCCCUGGGAGUCGAGCCGGAAGUCGGGCCGGGAGUCGGGCCAGCAGCCGGCGAGGAAGUGAUGCCUCUGACUUUGACCUGUUAGAGACACAGUCGGCCUGUUCAGACACUUCAGAAAGCAGCGCCACGGGAGGCCAGGGCAGCUCCAGGAGAGGGCUCAGCAAGCCUUCCAAAAUCCCAACCAUGUCUAAGAAGACCACCACUGCCUCCCCCAGGACUCCGGGUCCCAAGCGAUAACACUGUACAAGCACCCCCAAGCCUCUUUCCACUUUGAAUCCUACUCCAUACAUUGGGUGUAUAUUUAUUCUGAAUGGGAGAAGUUAUAUUGUUAAAAGUGUAAAAGAAUACUUGUGUUAUGAAGCUGCCUUAUUUUUUUUCUUUUUGUAAGUUACUAUUUUCAUGUGAAUAUUUAUGUAGAUAAAAUUUGCCUCCUGGUAACCCUGUGAUUGAUGGGGCCCAGAAAUGAAAUAUUUGACAAAAACAAGUGAAAAGGUCAAAAUACAAAUGUGUAUUAAAAAAAGAAAAGCCUCUAAAUAGGGUUUCUGCGUGGUGCAGGGUUGUAAACCUGCUUUAUCUUUUAGGAUUAUUCCUAAAUACAUUCUUCUUUAUAAAUUUGACUUGCUAUCUCAGCAAGAUAAAUUAUAUUAAAAAAAAAAAAAGACUCCUGCAGUGUUUAAGGAACUCUUUUUUUUGUAAAUCACAGACACCUCAACUAGCAAGAACCAAGGGGAGGGAACUUAUAAUUGCUUUUCCAUUGUUUUUAAUGUUGUGUGGUUUUAGCUAAAGAGAGGGAACCUCAUCUAGGUAACAUUUGCACAUGAUACAGCAAAAGGGGUUCAUUGCAAUACUGUCUUUGAAUACUGUUUCAGUACUGGGUGUUUAAAGGACAAAUAGCUGCUAGAAUUCAGGGGUAAAUGUAACUGUUUCAAAAAAAAAAAGUCAGAACAUUGGGGUUUUUAAGAGUCCUGGUUUGUAACUUUCCAGCCUGGCUACCAAUAACUCCUAUGCCCACCAGUCCCCUGGGCGAGGGGGGACUCCCUGGUGGCAUUGUGAAUUACAGAUUUGUUUAUCUGCAUUUUUUUGCUAUUUAUUUAAAUGGUCAAUCAACUUCCCACAAACUGAGGAAUGAAUUCCAUCCAUGAGCCUGUUCUGAAAAUGUGGACACGAGACAACACUUGCUCAUCCUUUAAAGGAGUUCACCAGCACACUCGUUAACAAGUCCCGUUUGCUUCCGUCUUCUUUUGUGCGUGACAAAGUCAACUGACCAAGCGGCCAUGAAGAGGGGCUGUCUGGGGCUCCUGUUUUUUAGCUGCUGUUUCUCUUCAGCUCCGACCAUGUUGCUGUGUGAUUAUCUCAAUUGGUUUUAAUUGAGGCAGAAACUGAAGCUCUACCAAUGAACUGUUUAAAAACAAGACACACUUUUGUAUUAAAAUUGCUUGCAGUAACAAAUAUUUUGUAUGCCCUGAUUUUUCUUCUCAACCAUUACCUUAUAUAGAACAAUUCACUCUAGGGUAUGAUGGUGUGUUAGUACUUAAAUA